GUCUGUUUCCGGUGACGUCUGUUUCCGGUGGGCUUGACGCUCUGCUGAUUGGCUGAUUGACCGAGCUCAACGAAGUCUUGAUGGCGGAGCGUCUCGUCGGAGCGGAGAAACGUCCCGUCGGCCUCCCGGAGGAGUGAACUCGACUCGCUCACGUUCAGGAGUUCAUUCCGGAGGAUAAAAUGGCGACUUUAGUUCUGGACAACGGAGCCUACACCGCGAAGAUCGGCUACAGCCAGGACAAAGUCCGCGUCAUCCCAAACUGCCAGUUCCGCUCCAAGACGUCCAGAUUAAAAACCUUCACAGCCAAUCAGCUGGAUGAGAUCAAAGACCCUUCAGGCCUCUUUUACAUCCUCCCCUUCCAGAAGGGUUACCUGGUCAACUGGGAUGUCCAGAGGAAAGUCUGGGACCACCUGUUCGGAAAGGAGAUGUUCAAGGUGGACUUCGUAGACACCAGCGUCAUCAUCACCGAGCCGUACUUCAACUUCUCCUCCAUCCAGGAGUCCAUGAACGAGAUCCUGUUCGAGGAGUACCAGUUCCAGUCGGCCCUCCGGAUAAACGCCGGCUCCCUGGCUGCUCACCACUUCUUCCACUCUCACCCGUCGGCGCUCUGCUGCCUGCUGGUCGACAGCGGCUUCUCCUUCACGCACGUCGCCCCGUAUUGCCGCAGCAAGAAGAUGAAGGACGGCAUCCGCCGGGUCAAUGUAGGAGGGAAGCUGCUGACCAAUCACCUGAAGGAGAUCAUCUCUUACCGCCAGCUGCACGUGAUGGAUGAAACCCACGUGAUCAACCAGGUGAAGGAGGACGUCUGCUACGUGUCGCAGCAGUUCUUCAAAGACAUGGAGGUUUCUCAGAUGAAGGGCGAGGAGAACACGGUGGUGAGGGACUACGUCCUCCCAGACUUCAGCUCCAUCAAGAAGGGCUUCUGCAAGCCUCCAGACGAGAUGGUCUUCAGUGGGAAGUACAAGACCGGAGAGCAGAUCCUGCGUUUGGCCAACGAGCGCUUCGCCGUCCCCGAGAUGCUCUUCCACCCGUCGGACAUCGGCCUCCAGGAUAUGGGGGUCCCCGAGGCCAUCGUGGACUCCAUCCAGUCCCUGCCUGAAGAGAUGCACGCCCACUUCUACCAGAACGUCGUCCUGAUUGGAGGCAACUCUCUGUUCGUCGGCUUCAGGGAGCGGCUGGAGGCGGAGUUACGGUCGCUGGCCCCCGCCCACCUGCCCGUCGCCGUCCUCCAACCCGCAAAUCCCAUCUGUUACUCGUGGGAAGGGGGCCAGCUGCUGGCUCACAGUCCGGACUACGACGAGGUCCUGGUGACCCGGGACGACUACGAGGAGAACGGACACUUCAUCUGCGAGGAGAAGUUUGACAUUUGACUGAAGCGUCGUGGACUUUAAAACGUGGAACAAUAACAUGUGUUGUUUUUCUACAGUUAUUUUUAAUUUUAUUUUAUACUCGUGUCUGUUUUUCUAAGCUGUCAAUCAAACAUUGUGGCCUCAAUCUCUUUAAUUCUCAGUAAACUCUGAAAUGACUUCAUAAGUUUGAUUUAAGAAGACUUAAUAAUGUCUACGUGUUUGAAUGAUGCUUUUAUUUUGAAGGACUUGUCUUCACUGACAGAUGUUCUUUAGUUAAGAGACUGAACGUUCAACUGGAGGAGACCAAGAAGAAGAGAUCAUCUGGAAGGUUUAAACAAGAACAGCUUCCUGUUUCAGAGCCAAGAGUUUCACAAUAAAAGCGUCCGAGAACGAGCUGGACUUCAUCAAAGCUCUUCAGACAUCACAAUAUAUCAGCUGAUCUCAUCACCGUUUAAACCUCUUCAAUCAAUAUUUACUGAUCAAUAAACACCCCGUUCAACAGGA